AGUAAUAUAGUUAUAUUUCACUACAUAGGAUCUCUUACCCUCCUCUCAAACAAACCCACUGAUUUCCGUUGUCAGCCACCCUCCUUCUGCUCCUUCAGAUCCGCCAACCACCUCUCUCUACUCCGCCAUCUCCGCCGCCGUAGGUUCUCUGCACCGCCUCUUCUCUCAGUUACUUCGCUUCAACUUCUAACUAAACCACUCAAAAACCCUCACUCGAACAAAAUGCACGGUCGACCUCGUAAACCGUUGAAGGAAGAAGAUGAAUCAGUUUUAUCAGCCAAAGCUGAAAAGCUUCAUUCACUUCAAUCUCAAUUCCUUGCUAAUCACCAAAAUCGCAUUUAUACCAAAGAAGCUUUAGAUUUGAGCGCGAAGCUUCUAGAAAUUAAUCCAGAAUGUUACACAGCUUGGAAUUACAGGAAACUCGCCGUUCAACACAAUCUCUCUGAAUCCAAUUCCGAUUCUGAUGCAUCUCUCUUUGAUCAGGAGCUCAAAGUGGUGGAGAAUGCGUUGAAAAAGAAUUUCAAGUCAUAUGGUGCAUGGCAUCAUAGAAAAUGGGUGCUUAGCAAAGGGCAUUCAUCCAUAGAUAAUGAAUUGCGCCUUCUGAAUGAUUUUCAGAAGGCUGAUGCACGGAAUUUUCACGCUUGGAAUUACCGAAGAUUUGUUACUGCACUAAUGAAAAUAUCUGAUGAGGAUGAGUUGAAAUACACAGAGAAAGUGAUAGGGGUUAAUUUUAGUAAUUACUCUGCGUGGCAUAAUAGGAGCGUGCUUUUAUCUACUUUAUUUAAAAGAAAGGCCGAAGGAUUUUCCCAUAAAGAAAAGGUUUUGCAAGAGGAGUAUAAGUAUGUCCACAGUGCUAUUUUUACUGAUUCAGAUGAUCAGAGUGGUUGGUUUUAUCAUCUUUGGCUUAUUGAUCAAACCGUGAAAAAUGAUGCUCCUCUGCUCGUUUCAUCUUGGCCAUCUCAUGGAGCUAAUAUAACACUGAAUGGAAACAACUCCCUACAUGGUUCUGGUUUGUCUCUGUUGAAUAGUACAUUAUCAGACACAAAAACACUUCCAGUAAUUCUAUGUUUCAAUCAAGCUGUUGAAGGUGUCAACUCGUCUACAGUGGUUGUUAAAUCUGAGCUCUUGAAGGAAGAUCUUGUUUGGAAACCACUUUCUACAAAUAACUCAAGUACUGCUCAAGUUUGGGUUGUGUACCUAAACAUGGGAAAUAUGAAGCUCCAACUAUCAAAAACCUAUUCUAUAGAGAUCAACAUUGGACAUUCCAUGGGUAUUUUAUCUUCAAAUGGAUAUCAUUAUGGGGCUCCUUCCCAAAUUACUUUUGAAGUGUGUGUGCAGACUGCUUAUACAGAACCUGUUGAUGGGCAACGUGGAAAGUUGACUUCAUGGAAGGACAAUGAUUUCCGAAAAAUUGAUCAUUUUGAAGAAUCAAAUCCCGCUGUAUCUGCUGAUCACCAUAUUCCAACAACUUCCAAUUGGUGCAUGGAGGCAAUUGAUGAAGAAAUAACUAAUUUUCAAGAUUUGUCAGACUGUAAAAUUAGAAAGCUUACACUUGCAAGACUUUUGAUCGCUCUUGAUUUGUUAUCACCCCAACAUGAUAAAAGAAAAAAUCAUACCGAAGAAGUUCUCAAGCUUUACACCGAGCUGAUGAAGUUGGAUCCAACACAUUCUCUAUACUACAAGGAUGAGCACAGUCUGCUAUUACUUCAGCAGAUAACUUCAUCUAGAGAGUCUUUAAUACCAUAUUGCCACUACUAUAAAGACGCAUCAGAAACAAAUACUAGUUAUGUGUGUCUACGGUUACAAAAUCUAUCGUUGUCACGGAUGGGUUCCUUUGAGAAUUUACUGUGGGUGCAAAUGCUAGACCUUAGCCACAAUGAACUUCGAUCAAUUGAAGGAUUGGAGGCCAUGCAACUUCUAUCUUGUUUAAAUCUGAGUCAUAAUAAAUUUGGUAGUUUCACUGCCUUGGGGCCUCUCAGAUUGCUCAAGUCACUUAAAGUGUUGAAUAUCUCUUGCAAUGAGCUAGGAUCUCACUCAAUUGACACGCGAAGAUACCUAUGCUCUUCUCCUUUAGCACACAGUGAAGUGUUUGCCUGGGACCGUUUUGAAAUCCUUUGUGGCAGUUAUAGUGCCACAAAGUUUUGGGAAGCUUUCUUGAUAUUUGAAAGCUUGAACUUGACUGAUUUGAACAUAGCAGGAAAUGCAGUUGCUGAUGAGAACUUCGCAUCAUUUAUCGUUAAAGUUUUGCCUACAUUGAAGUUGCUAAAUGAUGAAGAGUUAUAAUGACCUUUAUUGGCUUUUAAGGAUACAGUUUUAUGCUUAUGGUAUAAAGUAAAGAUAUACUUUAUGAAGAAGACGAUUCACUGUGUACAACCUGUUUUUGAUAAUGGACAUUUCUUUAACUGUUUAACUUUUGGUCCGUGUUGUCAUCAUAGGUGUGGAUAUUGGUAGUACGAUUGCACAUGUAAAGGUGGAUAACUUAUUUUACUCCCCAUCAACACCAAAUAAUGUCUCUGAUAA